AAGAAGCCCUAGACGCUCCCAGGGCUUGGCAGUGAAACCAUGAGCCGGCAGCCGCAUUCUAUGAAUUUUCACACCAAAAGAUGAUACCCCUCUUGAAAGCCUUCGGAUCUUCCUUAAAAGCUGCCAAAGAGCCGUUCUACUUUGAAGACCUUGUGAGUGGGUAUCGCGGCUUCACUCACGGCCCACGUGAACCAAAGUCUCCGAGAGCAGAGGGCGUUCAUUGAUUUACAUCUCGAAGAGCAGGACGAGAAGGUUGAUACGCUGGAAGGAAGCCUGGCUUCAUGUUACCAGAAACUGACGCGGCUGCAACAAAAUUUGUAGGGAGAAAGAAAAGGUUAAUGUAACCAGUCAGCUGAUUUUACUAAUAUAGCCUUGUAGUUAGUGCUCAUAGUGACAAAUCUAACCAGAACAGUCUGGGAAGGAAAUCGAUUAACAUCGCAUAAAUUCAGCAAUCCAGGGAGCAAGUCUUAAUUGAAAAGAUUGAACAACCAAAUGACUUCUUCGACAGAACCAUACCAAGCAGCUGGUGAAGAGGAGAAUGAAACUUAUUCAUUUGCAAUGCAGCUUGUGAUGGGAUCAGUGCUACACAUGGCCUUGCAAACGGCAUGGGAGCUUGGCAUUUUCGAGAUAAUCGCUAAAGCAGGUCCGGGUGCCAAACUCUCGGCCACCGAUAUUGCAGCGCAGAUGCCCACCAAGAACCAGGAUGCGGCAAUCAUGGUGGAUCGGAUUGCUAGGCUUUUGGCUAGCCACGAUGUGCUGCGUUGCUCUGUGGUUGGUGUUGAGAGACUCUACACUUUGUCCGCUGUCUCUUACUACUUUGUGCGUAACCAAGAUGGAGUGUCGUUAGCCCCUGUCAUGGCCCUGGUUCAAGACAAAGUCUUCUUGGAUAGCUGGUCUCAACUUAAAGAUGCAGUUUUAGGAGGAGGAAUCGCAUUCAACAGGGCGCAUGGAACAAAUGCCUUCGAGUACCCAGGAUUGGAUGCUAGGUUCAAUCAAGUUUUUAAUGCAGCAAUGUUCAAUAUAAGUACCGUAGUCAUGAAGAAAAUUCUCGAGUCUUAUAAGGGUUUUGAAGGCAUCAAGCAGCUGGUUGAUGUUGGUGGCAACCUUGGUAUCACACUUCACUACAUCACUUCCAAAUACCCCAAUAUCAAGGGCAUUAACUUCGAUUUGCCUCAUGUUAUACAGCAUGCCCCAUCCUAUCCUGGUGUUCAACAUGUUGCUGGAGAUAUGUUUGAAAGUGUUCCAGAAGGAGAUGCCAUCUUUAUGAGGUGGAUUCUCCAUGAUUGGAGCGAUGAGCAUUGUUUGAGAUUGUUGAAGAACUGCUACAAAGCCAUUCCUGAUAAUGGCAAAGUAAUUGUUGUAGAUUCUGUAAUUCCUGCCACGCCCGAGACUACUCCUUCAGCAAAGACCAGCUUCCUACUUGAUGCCCAAAUGAUGACUCAAAACCCAGGUGGGAAAGAGCGAACAAAACAAGAAUUCAUGGCACUGGCAACUGAAGCCGGAUUUAACAGCGUCGAAUUUGAGUGCUUUGUAUGUGAUUGUUGGGUUAUGGAGUUCUAUAAAACAUAACACGACCUUUAAUCUUAGGUCUCAACUCUAAAAAAUGGACGCAAUUCCUGAAAAUGCGGGAUUGCCAUCUACAAUUUGCCCCUGUGCCCAACUUUAAUAGCCAUUUUAAUUCGACCAUAAUAAAUUAUCCUCUCCUUUUUUUUUUU